AACGUUCAAUGUCCAUUCCCCGGUCGUUUCGCGUGCCGGGACGGCCCUGCAUAGCAUACAAGAACUCUCGUUCGUCAAUAACUCGACGUACGUCCCAGAGUAUAAGUACAGGGUACAUGCAACCCAUUGCAACCAAUCUCUCGCCAAUCUUCUCUCUGCAACUUUCCCAAUGACAAUGAGUGACAACCUGUGUACGCCCACCCUCGAUGGCGAAGUUCUAACAAGCAUCCGCCAGUCCAUCGCUGAAUUUUUUCAGCGGUGUGACUUGCAAUAUAAGAACGUCACACUCGAUGAAAUGUGGUACUCCGAAUGCUGUCAGGAGGCUAUGAACCGCGGUUAUCCGAUGGAUGCCAUCUUCCCAUACAUGGCCAUUGGCGCAGCUAUGGCGUCCAACGCUUACGACCACCUCCCGGACCGUGCAACUAAGCUGUGGAUCUGCCUCAUGACCACCGUAUGCGUCUGCAUCGACGACACGAUGAUCAGGGCAGAAUAUCUAGUGCAUGUGUACCAUUUCAACGAGCGGUUCGCGAAUUGCCAGCCGCAGGAACAUCCAGUUUUGAAUGCGCUUGAUGGGCUCCUGCGGGAGGUAGUUUGCCAUCAUUCUGCACCGGUGUCAAAUUUAAUCGUCACGUCCGCCCUCAACUUCAUAUCUUCCAUUUUACUUGACAAUGAGACUCAAGAUAUGCCAAUCUCACUGCAGGCUCCCUCAUACCCCGAGUAUUCUAGGCUGCUAUCAGGCUUUCCGGAUGUGUAUGGAUUCAGCAUUUUCCCUUCCACACUCCCGCUUCGGGAAUACGUUCAAUGUAUGCCGGAUCUAGCCAUAGUCCUGAACCACACAAAUGAUAUAUUGUCAUACUACAAAGAGGAGAUCGAAGGCGACUCCGCAAACUACCUGUCGCUCAUAGCAGCCUCUCGUGCUCUCAGCAAACAGGACGCUCUCCGUGAGCUCAUCGAUAAAACUGUGCAAGCACAUCACAAUAUCCUCGAAUUCUUGAGACCUCGUCCUGAGGCAUAUGACGCCUAUGUUGCGUUUUUCGAUGGGUAUGUCAAAUUUCAUGCUACCUCAAAAAGGUACAAGUUGGAGGAGGUCAUGUCGGGGAGGUGGUCUUCUUUAUAGGUACCUUUCUUAUGGUACUUCUCACCUUUCUGUAUGUCACAUCUCGAAGUAGAGCGCUAGUUAUCACGUUUAGCACUUGCAGCACCCCGUCUCUAUGUAAUCUCCCAGUCGCUAUUAGAUUGCUAGUCCCUUG